UUGUCCGAAAUUUCGGAAUUUCGGUGCCCACCGAAAUUUUCUUGUUUCCCGAAGGGAAAACCCUGGCUGGAGGACUAUCCGUCGGCUGGCGAGGAACGGCGGCGGAGCUCCGGCUGCUGUAGGGAGGGAGGCACCCGCGUGCCGGCGUUGGAUUUGAUUGGGCCUCACCGAAAUUUCGGUCCGAAAUUUUGAACAAAAUUUAGUUGAAUUUGAACAAAUACUACCAAAAUUCAUGAAAAAAUUCGGUCGAAGUAAUAUCGUAAGAAAUUCGGUCCGAAAUUUCACCCUGAUCGCAAUUAGCGAGCGAGAUAGGCGGGAGCUCGGAAUGCGUGUGGGGUGGGCGCAAUCCAAUCCAAAGAGGCGUUCGUCGAUCUCCGAUCGGAUCGUCUCCGUGAUUCGCCAUGGAUGAUGAUGAGCCCAUCCCCUUGGAUGACGAUCUCCUCCUGCCAUUGCUGUUUUCGCCUCCGCUCCCGGCCGACGACGAUGAUGGCGGCGGCGUGAGCCCAACCCCAAGCUGGGUGUACCUCGACGCGAGUGCCUACGUCUCCCCCGACGCCGUCUCCAACGCCACCACCGCCGUCUCCACCACCACCACCGGCGUACGCAUCCACGUCUCCUUCUGCCUCGCCCGCCCGCCGCGCCUCUCCUACCUCUGCGUCCACUGCCCCCGCCCCGGCGCCGGCCACGGCGAGGCCUACCGGUUCACCGUCGAUCCCCGAGUCAUCAGCACGCACGCCGACGUAGCCCUCCUCCUCGUCCCGCACCCCAACGACGAGCUCUACCGCGGCAUCAGAUCCUACGACUACUUCGUCUACACGGCCAGCCCCCGCCCGUCGCUCCGGCUGCUGCCCAACCCGCACGCCUCCCCCUUCAGCAGCGACGCGGUCGCCAUCGUCCGCUGCUCGGGCGGCGCACGCUACGUCAUCGCCGGCCUCAUGCCCACCAUCAGGUGCCCCAUGGAGUUCAAGCUUCAGCGCUUCGACUCCGACGUCGGCCGCUGGACCUCCACGGCGGUGUCCGUCGACGAGCCGGCCGAGAGGGACAGGGUGCUCCCCAUCCCGGACACUGCCACCGAGGUGCUCUUCCACUACACCACCAAGGUCAUCACGCUCGCCGGCGGUGACCACGCCAUGGCCGUCGGCUGGGUGGAUCUCUGGAGGGGAAUCCUGCUCUGCGACGACGUGCUCGACGAACACCCCGUGCUCCGCGACCUGCCGCUGCCCAAGCCGGCGAGGAGGAACCGGAAAUCCUUCUGCAGAGGCUACCCACAUGGUUACCGUGACAUCACCGUCGUCGUGCAGGACUCUGCUCCCUCCUGCAUCAAGUACGUCGAGAUGGUGACACGCCCCGGUGAUCCACCACCUCGGCGGCGACGACGGUUGAUUGAACAUAAUUCUGAUGACUCGGAUUCUUCUGACGGCUCAGACGAGGAUGUUGCUUACUACUGGAAGGCCAACAUAUGGAGCAGGCCGAUACCGGCUGGUUCAUGGAAGGAUUGGCACAGGGAGUGCACGGUGGAUGUAACCGACAUCGCCGUCGUCGACAAUGUCAGGUACAGUGAGCUGCUGCCAAAGAUCUGCAAUGAUCCAGAGGAAACAUUGAGGAGGUUGCUCACAGGUCACCCCACAUUGGGCAUGGAUGGCAAUGUCAUCUCUUUCCUGUCCAAGAUCGGCUACAGUGAUGAUAAGAGAUGGGUUAUUUCUGUUGAUCUGAGGGAUAAGACACUGCAAGGUGUGACUGAGCUUGAUCACAGGAAGAAUUCCAGCUUCAUGCGCUACUACAUUACCAGUGAGAUCUCCAAAUAUCUCAUCAACGCUACAGGUGAGACAGGAACUCUGGUAAGAACUGGCGCCAUGGAGUCUAAUAAGAAAAGAAAAAAGAAGAAGAAAUCACGUAGGCUGCCAGGGGGAAAGAGAUGAAACAAGCUGCAGAGAUUGGGCGAUUCACGAGCCGCUUAAUUUUUUUUUAUCAGUGAUAUUCUGCUGGAUGAUUUACCUGCCUAAUGGCUAAUAUGUUAUGUUCAAGACCUGCUACUUUCUGUAAUGGAUUUGGUUUUUACAUAUCAAUCCUAAGGGAGUGUUUGGAAACUAGGAACUAAAUUUAGUGCCUCUCACAAAAGUACAAAUCCCUAUGGUAGGGACUUAUGUUUUUGUGAGAGGGACUAAAGUUUAGCCCCACUUUAGUCCCCCCAACCAAAUACCACCUGAGUCA